GCAGAACCCUCCUCCGACUCACCCCCCGCCUACGCCGUCCUCGACGCCGCCCAAACAACCUUCUCCAUCCACGGCACCUUCAUCCACACCCCCAGCGGCCCCGCCUACCAGCUGUCCUCGCCGCUCGACCAGCGCGGCCCCUACUUCCGUAUCCGCCGCCUGCGCGCAAAAGAAGUGCCGCAAGUCGGCCGCACGCCCAUCGCCUUCGACAAAUCAUACGUCCUCUACGAGGUCAACGACCCGCCGCUGCUGGACAACGAGGUCCACAUGCGCGGCAAGCGCCGCGCGUGCGUCCCCGGCGUCGUGGAGAUGAAGCACGUGCUGCACAAGUGGCGCGUUGCGCAUGUGCCCCGGCCGGGCGCGAAGAGCAGGGAGAUCCUGUCGUGCAAGAAGAAAGUCGGCGGCGCGUUCAGCGGGAAAACGAAGGGAAAUCGGAAGAGCGAGAUUGAGGCUAGGGAGUGGAAGGACAGCGGGGGUCGCGUGGUGGCGACCGAGAGGCUGAGGAUAGGAGACGAUGGCGCUGUCGUGCCGACGGUGGAGCUUAGCCCGGAGCUGGAUCAGACCUGGAGGGAGCUGCUGAUUAGUUUGUGGGCGACUAGGCUGUGGGUUGCGUUUGGA